AGGAAAAUUUUCUCCCCGUCUUUGAUGCCACAAACAAGUGAACAAGCGAGUGCUGCUCCCGUUCAAGCCGUAAAAAAACAGUGAAAAAAUUGUCAGUUUUCGGUGAAAAAUAGUGCAAAAGUGCGACCCAGUGCGCGGGGAACCUUUCACGGUAGUUUUCGUAUCAGCUCGAGUCUGACAUCACCGGUACAAUGUCAGCUCAGCAGUUCUCUCUCCGGUGGAACAACUACACCAACUACAUAACCGGAGCGUUCGACUCGCUGCGCUACGAGGAGGACCUUGUAGAUGUAACGCUGUGCUGCGAGGGGCGCAAGAUCCGCGCCCACAAAAUUCUCCUGUCGGCAUGCAGCGCCUAUUUUAAGGAAAUUUUUAAAGAGAACCCUUGUCAACAUCCGGUGAUCAUUUUCAAAAAUGUCAAGUACACCGAUCUUAUGUCGAUCGUUGAAUUCAUGUACCAAGGUGAAGUUAGUGUGGUACAAGAAUCGCUACCGUCAUUCUUGCAUACGGCGGAGCUGCUCUCGAUCCGCGGGCUGACGGAUAACAGCGGGGAUACCCGACAGCAACAAGCCCAACAAGCUACGUCUUCGCUUGCCCAGCAGAUCAUCCAGACGCAGAAUCAGAGUUUGCUGGAUAAGGCAACAAUUACGACGGCCGAGUCCGUCUAUCUCACGUUGCCGUCGAACUCGACGAUUGUUCACCAACCGGCGAAGCUCCUGCAAGCUCAAAUCCAAACCACCCCGCAAAUCCUGAACAAAACCAUAAUCAAAACAGCACCCGCCGAAAUGCCCACAUUGACAACCGCCGGAGCCACCAUCACCGUACCGAUCUCGCAGCCCCAACCGCAGCAAACCAUUGCCGCCAAGAUUCACGUGCAACCCCAACAAACCGUACAACAGCAACAGCCCACGCAGCAGGUUCAGGUUCAGCAACACAUACAGACCCAACAGCAACAACCGCAACAGCAGCAGCAACAACAGCAACCCCAGGCAACAACCCUGCAGGAAGUCGUCGACAGCGUCGUCAGCCAGCCCAAGAAGAAGAAAAUCAAAGUUCAGCAAAUCAUAACGUCAACCCCGAACCAAUCGGUCUCCGGAGGAACUACGACAACGGUUGUUACCGCCCAGGUCCCCACUACUGCAGUAGCCCAGGCAGCCGAAACGGAAAUCUACGAAACGACAACGGAAACGUACCACAUCACCACGGCUAAAUCGGAAGAGGACAACCGGGCACAGCAGCAGGAACAAGUUGAAUCGUACGCAGAAUCGGCACAGGCUACCGGCGCUUCGCUCAAGAUGGAAAUCCCCGAAUAUAUCGACUGCGGCGAGACUAUCAACAAUGCCAGCGCGAACAAUGCCUCCUACAUUCAAGAAGAAAGCUACGAACUGGUUGGCGAAGCCGAACACAUCGAAAAAGAUGUGAACGACGAAGACAUGGACCAGGACGGUAUCGAAAUGGAAGCCUCGGAUAUGGAUAUGAGUCGAAUUUUCCAAGGAGCAUCCGACGAAGCGAAGGCCAAUCUACUGCAAGUCUCAAACGUAUCGGACACCACCGGCAAGCAGCUGCACACCUGUUCCGAGUGCCUCCGGCAGUUCUGCUCGAUGAACGCCAUGAAGCGGCACAAGCUGGCCAAACACAGCGACCACAAGGUGUCCUACAGCUGCGUGAUGUGCAACGCGGUCUUCAAGACCAAGUGGUCCCUCUCGACGCACAAGAGCAAGUAUCAUCGUGACAAGGUAAUGGUUCUCCCGGUUAAGACGGAACUCGAAUCCGAUAGUACACCUGCUUCUAAACCCACCACAGCCAUAAUCACCACCGUGACGGAGGGCGGUACAACGACGACGACUCAGACAGUUACGGUUCGCAAGCUGGGCCAGACCACGGUUACGCCGACGAAUAUCACCCGGAAGACCAUUCAAAUAUCGGCCCGCGGUGGCGCCACCACAUGAGGAAAGGUCAACCCGGUGGCACUGGCUGCUACUGCUGCUACUGCGGCCGGCAAGUCACCGGAAAAGAAACAACAAACUCCGAAUGAUAAGAAACCAGCUAAGACAACUAGUUCGUAAAAAAAAGUACGCAAACAACUCAAACGCGGCCUCCCAAUCUGGUAUUCCCGCGUGGUUUGUAAAUAAGCCCAAUUGAUCGCUAUGAUAUAAUAUUUCUGGGGAAGAAAUUUAGGAAGACAAGAUCAUCAUCAAAAAAUAGAUUUGCUUUGCUGCAAAUCGUUUGACCAUUCAAUUCCCAGAAAUUUGAUCAAGAAAAAAAACGGUAAGUUUAAAUUGUGAAUGAAUCCAAGUCUAUGUGUGGUCCCCUAGGAAUAUUGCAUAUUGCAGAACUACAUACAUAGCACGUAAUAAGAGUUAGUAGUGAGGCGACUUGGGGAAACUAUUCUUCGUGCGCCGGAUAGGAAACGUUUCUCAAAAUACAAAUCAGAUAUUUUUAAGUUGAUGACUGUAGUAAAAUGCUUGUGAAUAAGAAACCUUUUGAUAAGUGUG